UUUUUCCCGUUUGACCCCUAUCUCUUGAAACGGUAAGUGUUAUAUUGUUUUAUAGAUAGUUUUGUUGAAGACUGCGAUAAUUUUUUCAGGAAAACAUUCCAGGUUGUGGUCACAAGGUGCUUUAAUGCUACAUAGCUGUCUACAUAGCUUUCACCUUUCCUAGUCGCAUUACGGCGUUUUCCCAGGCCCUCUCGGUCAAUUCAUUUCGGUGACGUAUCUUCACUUGGACCCUCGUCCAAUCGGACAUUUGACGCAAUAUGGCCAGUGCUGACAAUGUGCGUUCUCAGUUAAUAAGUUAAAGCGCCAAGAACUUCUCGAAAGGUGGAUAUGGCUUUCUACUUGAUAACGCAAUUGGUUUCCCUAACACUCCUCCACUGAAUUGUGAUUUAUCCGGUGGAUAGCGGUAUCCAAAUUUUGAACAAACGGGGCUAGACGUAAAGCUGUUUAGUAAUGUCCAGGGUUGAGACCACUGAGUUUUAAGGUUUGUUAAGCUGUUGGAUAUGCUAUUCGUUUGUAAGUGAGUCCUAAAUCAGUCGCCGUUUACUAAAAGGCUUUUAUUCCUACAGUUCCGGCAAAUUUAUCUUGCCCAUUUAUCAGGAAUGGGAGGGACUUGAACACGGUGUGGAGGAAAAUGAUAACGAAGAAGAGAAGCAUUCAGAAGCCGAGGUACUAAACAUUUUCUUAUCGUCUGGCUCUUGUUGUUGUUGUUGUUGUUGUUGCAUUCGUUUUUCUUUUUUCAAAGGCGAAUUAUCGCGGGGCGUGUUCGCCGAUCCGAUAAAGCUGACUGGGGAACCUAUCGUGGGUCAGUGCUGGAGAAUGCCCUCUCUUCUCGCCUUUCCCAUAUUGCAGAACGUAGUUGACAAGGAAGUGUCCGUAUUAGCAAGGUUAACUUUCCAUAAGAAUCUGUUGAUUGGACAAGUGAAAAGUGUCCGUUGUCCACUUUAACGGAUUUCCGUAUUAAGUGGGUUGGAUUUAAAGAAAAUGCAAGGGUUUUCCCUAGGGACAAAAAAAAAAGUGACUGUAAUAGAGAGGUGUCCAUAUUUAGCGGGUGUCCGUGAAGCGGGGUUCGAUAAUAAAUAAACAUAAGCACACUGAGUUUUAUAUGCACUCACAAGUUUCGAUUCCAAACUCUUAACUUCAGGAUGAGGGUGAGGAGUAUUUGGAAUACUGCACAAGCCCGGACGCUACCGUACCAGGAUUCACUCCUGAGACAGCCAUGUGCAUCUCUCCCGGGUUCACCGGCUCCUCGCCCAUGAGACAUUCACACAUGAUAGCAGGACAAGACGUGCAUAGAUCACGGAGAUAACAGAACAUGAUGUGCGGAAGGCGAGAAGGGAACAUGGUAUAACAAGUACAAAGCCAAUAAAUGGCGGGAGUUGUCUGGAGCAAAGCAAGAAGUUAUCAACUGAACAGGAUGCACAAAACCAAGAGACCAGCAGAAGGCGAUGUACACAAGGGUCAGUAUUGGUGCACCGCUGGCACGGCUCGGCAGUACCCCGCCAACACAGGGGUUAGUAUUGGUACACCGCUGGCACGGCUCGCCAGUAUCCUGCCAAUACAGGGAUCAGUAUUGGUGCACCGCUGGUUCGGCUCGGUAGUAUCCCGCCAACACGGAGGGGCAACUUUCUACGAUAAUCGAAUAUAUUUACAAGUCAAGUUACAGAAAAGAUAAUAAGAAAGAAGCAAAUCGAAGUAAAAAGAUAACAACAACGACAAUGAUAACAACCCUAGACUGAUACUGAGGAGUGAGGCAAAUGACUCAAGAAAUGUUGAACUCACAUAGCUUGAUUUUUUAUGAGGUAGUUGGCGCAAACAUCGCAUAAAUCACUAUUAAGCUAGAUUAGCAUAAACUAAAUCAACAGCUCGAUCCACUUGUUUAAGGUUUUUUCGAGUGCAGGUCCAACUGAAGGUUUUAGGAUUAGGGCUAGGGUUCGAGUUACAGGCCUUUUAGUGACACCUGCGUAUCGUUAGAUUAAAUCCUCCGUUAGUUUGGCUCGUUACGGUACAAUCUCCCUGUCUUGCUAGGGCGAGGAUUCUGUGCUGUGGGGCUGCCACACAUUCGAUAUUCUCACUACAGAGUAUAACUACCAUUUACGAUUGAUAAACCAUAAUAAAGGGUUACUAAAGCAAGAUCAAGCUUUCACUCAGAAGAGCUUGUAAACGGUUCAGCCACUCGGUCACAGUUGUAAAUUUUAAGUUGCUUUAUGUUAAGUUUCCAAGGACAACAAAAUAUAUCAGUAUGUAUGUAAAACUUCAAUGAAAAACGUCACGU